AUGGUUUUGCCUCCAGGAUUUGAGGGCUCUAAGCCUAAUCAAGUCUGCAAAUUGCUUAGAUCUUUAUAUGGCCUUAGGCAAGCUAUUAGACAAUGGAAUGCUAAGUUGACAAAGCCUUACAAAAUGAUGGUUUCCUACACCUACAGAUCUCCUAAGGGCCUCAAUUUAUGUCAAAGAAAGUAUACAUUAGAGAUCUUGCAAGAGAAUGGUUUCUUAGAUGCAAAACCUGUUGCAACUCCAUGUAUCACAGGGUCCAAACUCACCACAACUGAUGACACCUUGCUUAACAACCCUGAAAUCUAUAGAAGGUUGGUUGGUAAGCUUUUGUAUUUGACAAACACAAGACCUGACAUUACUUAUUCUGUCCAACAACUGAGCCAAUUUAUGGAUAAACCAAGGGACACUCAUCUAGUUGCAGCUCACAGAAUUCUCAGGUAUCUCAAGGCUUCACCAGGAAAAGGUCUGUUCUAUGCUGCUAAUUCUAAAGUAAACUUGAAAGGGUUUUCUGAUUCGAAUUGGGCCACCUGCACUGAGACAAGAAAAUCUGUAACAGGUUAUUGUGUUUAUCUUGGAGAGUUCUUGAUCUUUUGGAAAACCAAGAAACAAGCCACUGUCUCAAGGUCCUCAUCAGAAGUUGAGUAUAGGGCUUUGGCUUCCACUGUUUGUGAGAUUCAAUGGCUUCUUUAUUUGAUGGCAAAAUACCUCUCUUCUGUGACACCAAGUCUGCCAUUGCUAUAG